ACAUAUUUGAACAGAACUUGUUUUAAAUAUUGUACUAUCUUAAAUCUAUUAAAAAAAAUUAUUAGAAAAAGCGGUGCAAUCCAACAAAUUAUUUAAAAUUACCGCGAUUCCAACAUUUUGGGCCAUUUGGGUCAUUUUCAUUUCGAUCAGCUGUCAAAGUUUGUUUUGUUUUUGUUUGAAGCAAAUGCGUGUGUUUUGGAAUUUGAAUCGGCGCAUUUUAGUGGAAAUUUUACCAUUCUUUUAAGUGUAUUUUGUGCAAUGAAGAUUCCAACAAUAGCAAAACAUGGUACCAUUUUCUGCACGUCUGGCACCCACAAAGCAUCGGCAAUAUUCCUCGACAAGGAGCUUGUUAUCACAUCCGGAUUAAUUUUGUGUGAUAACGAGUGCUGCGUAGAGCAGCUUAAUAAUGCCGUCAAACACAGUCCUGUUGUAGAGGUUGACAAAUGUGCAGAACUCAAAGACUUCGCUCAGUUGGAUUUUCGCGUUGUUUGUAUGCACGAAAAUGUGUUGCGGGAACAACCGGCUCGCGCUUAUCAAAUAGUAUAUUCCCGAAGGGUGAAAGAAUGUCUGGAAACAAUGCUAGAGGGAUUGCACGUAUGCAUCAACGGUGACAUGAAACCAAUUCGAUCAUAUGCCACCCUUUUUGCCAGCAUUGUUAUUCUGUCGACAAAUCUUUCGAAGCGCAUUGCGAGGGAUCAUAUCAAAGCAUUGCUCGAACGACUUCAACCAUCCAGUAGCCAGGGGGUCCAACUGCUAGAUAAAGUGGUAACCGUAUCGACCCCCUUUGGAGAUGAAUCGUUCUUCAACACGCUUCACGUAGGACAUGUUUCAAACAUUUUCGGUGAACAAGAUUGUGUGCUGCUGCUCGACACACAUCUCAGCUCUGGCUGCCAAGGAGGAGCCGUUUACAACUGCCAAAUGAAAAUGCUAGGUAUUCUUAUCGGUGCCACAUUUAUGUAUCGCAACGAAAAUGUUAGUUUUCCGCUAGCAAUUAAUAUGGAAGAAAUUGGCAGCAUUGUUUUAAACAGAAGAAACCUAUGCCAAAGCUUAUCAACCGCAUUGCCAGCACAAGCGUUUCGUUCCGUUUGCAUGAUUGACUCUCAAGGCUGCUGGGGAACGGGAUGUGCAUUCGAGUUGAACGGUAAACAGUACAUAAUUUCUUGUUCGCACGUGCUCGCAACGGAUAACAUUACAUGUGUGUUUAAUGAUCGAACAAUAAUCCAUCCGAAACUUGUGUACAAAAAUCCAAUCUUCGAUAGUGCGUACGAUAUUGCAUUGAUGGAGGCCACCUUCGAAGCAGAGGCACAAUCGUCGAAUUGGUACUGUCAGCUAGCAAAUUACAUUCCACGCAUCGGUCAACGGUUGUAUGCUGUGGGGUUUCCCGUGUUUAAAUCGUUGGCCAAUGGAUCUAUCUUCAAGCCCAGCAUAAUUCCGGGACGUGCUACAAAGUACAGUGAGGGUAUCCUAUUCACGGAUUGUUCCAUUCAGUGUGGGCAAAGCGGCGGUCCAAUAUUCGACGAGAAUGGUUUAUUGGUAGCAAUCGCUGUAUCAAACUUCAAGAGUUCUUUGGACAAUUUAAUCUACAAUUGCCACAACAUGUGCGUUCCCGUAAAAGAUAUUUACAGCAUUCUGGAAAACUAUUCAAAAACACGUGAUAAAGCAUCCCUUGCAGGAUUACAAGCCGAUUGGAAUGUGCGCUCAAAGUGGAAACUAAAACCUCCAGUUAUUUUAAAUAAACUGUAGCGCCACUAUACCCUUAAAAGUCGGAUAAACGAAUUGAUGGUGAAUGGGAAUGGGAAUUUUACUACAAAUGCUGGACAAUUGGAAUAAAACGGGUUUUUUUUAAAUCUAGGAGUACAAAUAUGGUAACGGCAGUUACCCCAAAAUUA